UUUUUAAAUUUUGGGUGUGUGCGUGCGUGUGUGUGGAAGCAACGCGUUCCUGUCGGUGUCUGAAUGAAACUACGUAAAUGCAUAGUCUGUACGUUGCACUGGAGGGAAAACAGAGCACUUCUGCGAGAGCUUGGAUUCAAAUGUGGUUCAUCUGGUCUCCAGGAUUUUCCGUCUCUUUGGGGUUGUUCGCCUUCCCGGUCUGCGAGGCGGGAUUUUCUGAGCUUUGACACAUCUUUGGAGAUGUCUGUUAAACAGGAGUCUGGGAAAAACCAUUUGAAAUCGUAGAAAUUUUUUUUUUGCCCCGUUCCUACCCCCUUGUUGACUUGAAGCAUCAAAAGCAACCAGAACUUAACGCUUCUGAAGACUUGUGAUGUUUGGAUUUUAUUGUUGCUAUUUUUCUUUUAAAGGAAACUUGACAGAGGAACAUAUCUAUAGUCCAAGUAAGUACUUUACAGAGGAAACUUAGUUUGUGUAACAAAAAACCCCAAAUCCUAAUGUUGAGGUUUCUGUCAUAAAGUGCAUUGGAUUAACGUCCAUCCAAGGCUGCUUUAGCAAAUUGUGUUGAAUUGCAGUUUUUACAGUGUGUGUUCAUCUGCUCCUUCGUGUCCAUGGUAGUCCAGCACCUAGGGGAAAAUGCACCUGAUUUUGAAUCGGUAUAAUAUUUUUUAAGAUGUAUUUCAACACCGAGGAGGAAAUGGUCCUAAAGUAAAUUUAUAAUAAGUAAUAAAUGUGCACCUGGAAGUAAAGUAUUUACAGCAUUGUAAUCCCUAUUUAUGCCGUGCAUCUCAAACCAAGGAGGAAACACUGAGAAGACAAAAGUACCUCCGAGACCCCGAGAACUCCCCCACACCAGCAUGAAUGAAACCAUGUCCAAUACAAUAACUGGAUUAUAAUUUUUGGUGUUAAUAAUUUUAUUAUUAUUGGCUGCUUUACUUUUUUGGGUUCAUCCUGCUCCUCUUCUUCCUCUCUCCCUUCCUCUUGCUGCUUCCUCGUGGGAAUUAUGGCUCAUCCGGGGAGAAGAGGCUACGAUAACCGGGAGAUAGUGCUGAAGUACAUCCACUAUAAACUCUCUCAGAGGGGAUACGACUGGGCUGCCGGCGAGGACAGGGCAUCCCUGCCUCCAGAUCACUCCGCUUCUGCUGCUGCUGCGAUUGCUGCUGCUGCGAUUGCUGCUGCUGGGACUUCUGAUCACACUGGGCUGGUGUCUCCGCACCCCGAGCCCCCCGGCUCGGCUACUGCUAGCCACACGCCCCCAGCCGAGGGGCUGCGCCCUGCACCCCAGGCCGUCCACCUCGUCCUACGCCAGGCGGGGGAUGAGUUCUCCCGACGCUACCAGAGAGACUUUUCCCAAAUGUCUGGCCAGCUGCACCUGACGCCCUUUACAGCCAGGAGCCGCUUCGUGGCGGUGGUGGAGGAGCUCUUCCGAGAUGGGGUUAACUGGGGCAGAAUUGUGGCCUUCUUCGAGUUUGGCGGUGUGAUGUGUGUGGAGAGCGUCAACAGGGAGAUGUUUCCCCUCGUGGACAACAUUGCCACCUGGAUGACUGAGUACCUGAACCGGCACCUGCACAACUGGAUCCAGGACAACGGAGGCUGGUCACAGAGAGGGCAGCGUAAAAUAGCUGCGAGGCAAUUCCCGUACAGUAAAAUGGAAGUCUCUUUGGCUCUUCAUUCAAUACAAUGUGGCUCAAGAGGAUAUCCUGCCAAACCAAUGAUAACGAGGGAAAUAAAGUCACUUCCUCACCAGCUGUUUGAUUCAGGAUGCCUUUGUGGAGUUGUAUGGCAACAAUAUGAGGCCUUUGUUUGAUUUCUCCUGGAUCUCUCUGAAGACUAUCCUGAGUCUGGUUCUGGUGGGAGCUUGCAUCACUCUUGGCGCUUAUCUUGGACAUAAGUAGAGUCACCCAGUUUAUUGUGGAUUACAAAAGUCUUUCAAAACAACAAAAUAAUAUUUUUUUUUUCUGUAGCACAAUGAUAUUUUAUGAGCAAAGCAACUUCCCAGCGAAAGAUUAAAUCAGCUAUUACUGCCAAAGGAAAUAUCAUUUAUUUUUACAUUGCCGGAAAAUUAUUUAUUAAAAGAUAUUUACAUUUAACCUGCUAUUUUCAGAACCUCAGCAAGUUGUAUCUGUCAUCACAUUAUGUUCUUAUUCUUAACUUUAAUGAGCCCCAGAGUAUUUUACGUUCUUUUUUUUUUUUUUUUAAUUAAUGCCGCUGGCUGGAUUAUUUUAUCUCUGAAGAGCAAAUAUACUGACAAAGACCUACCUGCUUACACUUACAAGGGCAGUUACUUGAGCUGCUAAAAACUGCCAAAUUGUGUUGAAUUUCCUAGCAUUUUCCAUGAGGGAUCUGAAAGACAAGGUCAGCAUGAACAAAGUUCUCACCCUGUCCUGCUGGCAAGAACUGAUGUAAUAAACAAUUCAACAUGGUACAUAUGUGGAGUCAAGACAGAAACUUCUUGAAGGACACUCUGCUAUCCCUACAGGAGAACAGUUGGAAAUAUGAUUGCCUAUGCCUUUUAAACAUGUGUUUUUAAGUUACCAGCUGUGCCAUCACAUCGUAAUCACAAUACCCACACAAUACAUGUCAACUUUUUUUUUAACAGAAGUAUGAAGUUAAAUCUUUGGGGCUCGCAGGAAAUUGCUGUUCCAAUGAUUUUCUCAGCAGCAAAAUGUUUUUUGUGGCUACUGACACAGAAACAUCAGGAGACCUUAAGUGCCUGCUUCAACAGAGCAGAGCUGGAGUCUGAAGACCUGACCUGUGUCCCACUUUAGUGGGCUCAUAUCUGCAACUAAUCCUGCUUACUUACAGAGUUCCUCCGGGGGUUUGAAACCAAUUAGAUGUGGUCUCUAAAUCCCUGAAAGUUGAAAAAAAAAUCUUAAUUUUAUUUGGCAAAAAGCAGACCUCAGCUAAGUUACAGAUUAGCUCUGACUAUCCUUGUUUAUCAAACUGGACACCAAAAUCGAGUUCAUAUUCAUAACAGGAAAGGAAAGUGAGAUUUAUCAUCCUGCCCCUCGCCCUCAAAAUAUUUUCAUGCGAAUAGUCUCCUAAGACUAUCUACAGAAGAAAAGUUGAUGAAGAAACCCAAAAUCCUCUCUCUGGACAGAGACUCUUUGACACCUCUCUGAUGCAGGUGUCUACUGUCAUCUCAAGUGAAAAUAGGGUAAAGGAAAAGGGGGAGUGGGAGGCGUGAAGUCAUCUGCUCCUGUUACAAAAUGCAACGCAAGUAAAAUUAAUGCAGAGUACAUAACACAGUUUUAUAAACAGACCUGUGUUCAAAGUGGGGCUUUCUGUGAGCUCGACGGGGCCCGGAGUCCCCUGGAAACUGAAGACUCUGAAGUGUCGAGUCCCAGGGGCUGCUCUGAGGCAUGGAAAUGUCCAGCUUCAAAUGUUUUAAAUCCUGCGCUUCUAUUUUUUCUAUGAAGCUUUUUUGAAAUCUGGGAUUUGUGGGUAAAUGGAUGUCCAGAUAUAAAAGGAAAGUUUGCAAAGCUCUGGAUAAAAUGUACCGUACAAUACAUAAGUGCUCCAAGGGUGAAAAACACACAGUGAAUAAACUGUAGUUCCAACCUCAAGAUUUCAGCUGAAUAACUUUGUGGCAUUAUAUGCAAAAUAUCUCCAGUAACUCGGGAAUGUAAUAUGUUCAAUGUUAAGGCUGUAGUUGAUAUUGUGUCUUCAAAGCUGCUUUUAUGUUUGGUUGGGUUUUUUUUAAGAGUUGUACAUCUCAGCAUUUUUACUGCUAUUUAGUCGUGGCACCUACACUUUGUAUGAGCAAAGAUGGGGCAAGCUUACAUUUCAGAUUUGAAAUUACUUAAUUUUAUAGAAACAUAGAAAGGAAAUAUUUUUAAGAGGACAAAAAUGUGAACUAUUCUUGAUUAAAGGAAAAGGAAAAAUCCCACCAUCAAAUAGUACCUGCAGUGCUUUCAGAGUGCUUCUCUAAGGAGUGGGCAUGGUCAUGUAGGGGUUUUGUGAAAAAUAUUUCAAAUCAGAGGAACUGAGGAGUAUUGUGGAUUGAGUGUGGGCUUUGUUUUUUAUUUCAGCUUAAAAACUGAACUUGUUUGCAGCCAAUUGCACAACUUGAAUUGGCUGCUAUUGAGCUUAUGUUUCAUUUCACAAUCUAGUCUUCUUUUUGAUUUGUGCCCAUAUGCCCAUUAAAGUUUAUUAAUUAUUAGACCUCAAAUUGUUUCAACAUUGUUUGUUUUAUUAAAGGUUUACAUUGUCAAAAGUAGUUUAAAAUGUCGAUUCCAGUGCUGCUAUAAUACCAGGAUAAUUUGAAUGGGGUUUUGGUUUUUAAUACCUUCCAAUGGCUAAAGUUUUUUAAAGCUGCUUUAGAAAUAAUAUGAAGACAACACAUGAUACACAACUAAAUGAAUACUGAGGAUUUUGUGUUCCGUUGUGUCUACUCACUGGACUUCCCAGUGUAUUUGUUAGUAACAGGCAAAGAGAAGAGUCAUGAUGACUGUUGAUGAUUUUAUUUUAUUAAAGAGAUGAUGGAGUUUUCCCAUCCUGACUGCAGAAUAGUACAGUAUUGUGGCUGCAUUAGGUAUAAUGAUAGUUGAUAAUACAUUUAUUAAGAAAACAUUUAGAAACAUUGAAUGUAUAUAAAAGCUUGAACUUCUUAAAUAAAAUCCUCUCUUCUCACUCCUGCAUUUCUUUUGCAAUAAUUCCUGUCUUUCCUACUCUUCAUUACACUUCCAUGUAAGUUUUUUUUUCUCCACAAAAUGCCUUACAGAUUUCCAUGCUCAAAGACUACGCUUCAGUGAAAACCCAUCCUCUGUCAUUGUGUAUGCACAGACAUCUGACCACUCUCACCAUAUCCAAAUCAUAAAAGAAAAAAAAAAAUUAAAAAGAGGGACAUUUCUGAAGUGUUUAGGUGUAGAGAAUUAGAGGUCAAAAAGGAAGGAAGAGUGGAGGGAAAUAGAAGUGGAGGGAAAUAGAGAGAUCACUGAAACAUCUCCGUGGUAAGAGGAGUGCUACCUGGAAUUUGUUUAUCUUUCAUCCUUUCCAUUGAAAAAGGAUGCCAUAAGGUCAGAGAAAAAGCUUGCAGAGACCCCCCUAUUAUUAUUCACUAUAGAACUUUGUUAAUGCUGAAGGCAGUCUAUUUUAAAACAGCAAAUGCAUAGGCAUUGAAGAGAAGUACUGGGUUUUGCUAUAUUCAGCUUAGGUGUCUUUAAUUCUUUUUCAAUAAAUUUUUAAAGAAAAUAAUGAAGAAAAGUAUUUUGUUUCUGAAAAAAUAAUCUGUAGGAUCACCUGAGAUCUGUCAUAAAUAAGUAACUUAGGAACAAAUGAAAAAAUUGUGCAAAAGUAUUCUGAAAUUAGGGGUGAUAGAGAGGACAUUUCUUUAUGGAACAAGCACUGGAUCCACCAAAGGACUAAUGGGGCUGUCAAGGUAACAGUGGUAUAUAUAUAUAUAUACAGGUGAGAAAGGGAGCUGGAAGAUCUGAAGAAUGACACUGGUAUGUAAGAAAAUCUUCAGUUUCACAUGUUGUAGGAGUUCACUCAAGAUGAUCUGAAAAUAACUGUUAACUAAAAGCAGCUACAAAUGUGUGCACUACGUGGCUAUGAUUACUAAAAACUUGCAAUUACAAAAUUACAGGUAAAUUAUUAUCAAAUUAUCUAGUCUGUAAAAGUUCAUCAGUUGGCUGUUAUGAUUGGGAAUUAUAUAGCCUGCGUAGUUUUGCACUAAGAAGGAACAAUUAUGAAAAAAGAAGUCUGAAACUAGAUGUGCAAAGGCAACACAAAGGUGAUGCAGUCCAAAGAACACGGUCCCAGUCCCCCCAGUCCAUGCAGUCUCCCCAGCUGAGGCAGCAAGAGUUUGGACUGCAUGCUUUGACCUGAAGCAUGACACUGCUUAGCUAUGCACCUGCACUCCACUUCACAAACCUAUUGAUUAAAAGUAUCAUGAAGUAGCAUGUUUAAAGCCUUUCUUCUUUUUCCUCUCUCUAUCUCUGAACAAACUAGCAAAAUGAUUUAUUUCUAUUACAAGUUUAUGGCUCAGUACUAUAUGAAAAAUUACACAUAUUUUAAUUUAUGUGUAUAAAAUUUCUUUCUCAUUGCAAAAGCCCAGCUUUAUUUUACAUUUCUAUCUCUCUUUCCAACAAGGCUAAAUGCAAGGAAGACGAAAGAGCUAAUUUAAUCUGUAUUUGGUUUAAACCACACUUCUAUACUAAGUUAAUGCAGCUUCAUCACACAAUAAAUUUAUCUUCAAAAAGUAAUACAGCAUUAAGAGUUCCACACAAAAACUAUAUAUUUUUAUAAUUUAAAUAGCAGUUUUUUUCCUUUUCUUCUGAAUAUUUGAAUUUUAAUUAUCACCAGCAUAAAUGUACAUAAACAGAUAUUGUUUAUCCAGUACCUUUGGAUGAUGUAGGUAUGGUAAUGUAGUUUGUCAGUUUAUCAUCAUUUAAUAUGAUUAUGUUGUUCAUUGUCUUUAAAAUGUUAUAAGAACAUGCUGCCAUUAAACUUUCCAUGUCUGUCUAGUUUAUAUUGUGAAAAAAUAAUAAAAGCACACUGUGAGAUA